ACAAUUUUUUUUUAACAAUAAUGAUAACUUUGGAGAAAUAUUUUAAAGUUAGUGCUCAGCAAGAGUAUGAAAAAAAUCCACAAUUAUCUGCCGCUGACGUAGAAGAGCUUCUCAAGUGGAGUGAUGAAAAUAUAAAUUUAUAUGGAAAAUUGAUUGAUAUUCAGAUUAUUAUGUUUUUGCACGCGUGUGACUACGAUAAAGAGUAUGCAAAAAAGGUAAUUAGCCAGUGCUAUAAUUUACGGGCUAAGAAAUGCGCACCCUUCUUUACGGCAAGAGAUCCCGCUCAUCCUUUCAAUCAAAGACAAUUAGAUGUUGUUAACAUAAACAUAAUUCCCGACGAAGAAAAUCGCUACGGUUAUAUAUGGUCGCAGUUGAAAAUCAUGGAUGCUUCAGAAUAUUAUCCAACCGUAGCGUCAAAACUAACUUUUAUGGCCAUCGAACUCGAUCAAAUAGAACACGGUACUAAGUCAGGGUACAGAAUGGUACUGGAUUCAAAUAAUUUUGGCUUAAGUCACGCAUUACGUUACUCCCUAUCAAACGCAAGACAUUUAAUGUUAUACGUUCAGGAAGGUACGCCAUUUGUGAUCGAUAAGAUUUAUAUUCUCAACGUCACCUCGGGAACUGAAAGAGUAUACUCAAUGUUAAAACCGUUCAUGAGCGCUUCAUUAAUAAAUAAAAUUAUAAUAAAAUCAGUUUCAAAGACUAGUGAAUUUAUAAAAACAUUGCCACAAACAAUUGUGCCGAAGGACUAUGGUGGCCUUGCGCCGAUUAUGAAGGAAACUAAUGAAAUUUUAAAACAAAGACUUUUGGAUAAUCGCAAUUACUUUUUGGAUGAAGAAAAAUUUAGAAAUGGUAGUGUUAAAGAUGAAGUAAAUACAACAAUUAUUGAUGAAGAUGAAAAUGUACAUUCUUUUAAAAAUUUAAGCAUUGAUUAAACUUAUUUAAAGUAUAUUAUAUUUUUCUAA